CCACUACCCACUGAGUCGGACUUUAUUUUGUGGGAUUUUCCAUAAUAGAGGGAAAGCCGAGAUCAGUCGCCUUAGGGAAGAAGAAGAACAAGGGUUUAAGCAUUUCCCUCUCCCACUCCCUCUCCCACUGCUAGUUUUUGGGGCUUUGGGUAAAUUUGACUGAGCUGUAUAUAUUCAAUCCUAGUGUAAAUAAUGACAUCGGUACCGUCGAAAAACAUAUGGAUACGACGGCAGCAAUGCCCAUGUGGGGAUUGGAAGUGUUAUGUUGCAGAUGAGGGUGAUGCUGAAGAAACAUCCCUUGCAUCUCAAUUGGUGAAGAAUGAUACGGUGCCAUUAGAAGCAAUGGUUGCUCCUUAUGUUGGAAUGGUGUUUAAGAGUGAUGAUGAUGCCUUUGAGUAUUAUGGCAAUUUUGCUAGAAAGAAUGGGUUUUCGAUUAGGAAAGAGCGGUCAAGACUAAGCCCGCAACUGGGUAUUUAUAAACGCGACUUUGUUUGUUAUCGUUCCGGGUUUGCGCCUGCAAAGAAAAAGCCUACUGGGGAACACCAUAGGGAUAGGAAAUCUGUGAGGUGUGGAUGUGAUGCAAAAAUGUAUUUGUCAAAGGAGAUUGUUGAAGGGGUUUCUCAGUGGUUUGUUGUGCAGUUCAGUAAUGUUCAUAACCAUGAACUUUUGGAAGAUGACCAAGUCCGCCUCCUUCCCGCAUAUCGUAAAAUUCAAGAAGCAGAUCAGGAGCGCAUACUGUUACUUUCUAAAGCCGGGUUUCCCAUUCAUCGCAUAGUAAAGGUGCUGGAGUUGGAAAAGGGGAUUCAAGGAGGGCAAUUGCCAUUUUUGGAGAGAGAUGUUAGAAAUUUUGUUCAAAACCGUAAGAAGGUUGUUCAAGAAAACGAUGCUUUGCUCACUGAAAAAAGAGAGACUGAUACAAUGGAACUGCUAGAGGCUUGCAAGGCCACAAAAGAGACUGAUGAAGACUUUGUUUAUGAUUUUACUGUGGAUGAGAAUGAUAAGGUUGAAAAUAUUGCUUGGUCAUAUGGUGACUCAGUUAAUGCAUACACCAUGUUUGGCGAUGUAGUUUAUUUUGACACUACUUAUCGAUCAAUCACAUAUGGAAUGCUUUUUGGAGCAUGGCUUGGCAUUGACAACCAUGGUAGAACCAUUUUCUAUGGUUGUGUCCUGUUGCAGGAUGAAACACUCCGUUCCUUCUCAUGGGCUUUACAGGCUUUUCUCCGUUUCAUGAGAGGAAGAUGUCCACAAACAAUUCUAACUGAUCUUGACCCUGGGCUUAGGGAUGCUAUAAGAAGCGAGUUACCAGGCACUAAACAUGUCACUUCUUUUUGGAAUAUUCUUUGCAAACUACCAAGUUGGUUCUCUCUUCCACUUGGAUCUCGCUAUGCAGAAUUUAAAUCCGAGUUUGAUGCGUUAUAUCGUGUGGAUAGUGUGGAAGAAUUUGAACUUAGAUGGAAUCAAAUGGUUCCAAUGUUUGGACUUGGUUCUGACAAACACAUUGCUUUACUCUUUUCUUUACGGGCAUCAUGGGCACUAUCCUAUAUGAGAGGUUACUUUCUUGCCCAAAUGGCGUCUCAGGCAUAUUCAAAGUCUGUAGAUGCAUUCUUGAAAGGUGUUUUUAGUGCACAAACAUGUUUACGUAGUUUUUUUGAGCAGGUUGGUAUUGCUGCCAAUUUUCAAAAUCAUGCACGUCUAGAGAUGCAGUAUAUGCAUAUUAAAACAUGCAUACCCAUUGAAGAGCAUGCACGAAGCAUUCUUACACCUUUUGCCUUUAAUGCUUUACAAAAUGAAUUGGUGCUGGCCAUGCAGUAUGCAACAUCUGAAAUGGCUAAUGGAUCAUAUAUUGUACGCCACUUCAAGAAGAUGGAUGGAGAAUGUCAUGUCAUAUGGAUGCCUGAAGACGAACAGGUCCAUUGUUCCUGUAAGGAAUUUGAAUCUUCAGGAAUUUUGUGCAGACAUGCUCUUAGGGUACUUAUAAUAAAAAACUACUUUCAGCUUCCUGACAAAUAUUUUCUAAGUAGAUGGCGACGAGAAAGCUCUCCAGUUAUUUAUGAAGAUAACGGUACUCAAAAUGGUGAGGAUGAAUGGUUUCGAGAAUAUCAAUGCCUUUCUGAAACUCUAUUCACAGAAUCAUCCAUUACAAAGGAGCGUUCUGAUUAUGUCCGUAGCGAACUGACCAAAGAACUCACAAGGCUCCUUAGUGAGCAAAUGCAACCACUAGGCACUUCAUCUAAUGGAAAGAACAAACAGGUGAAAGAAAGUACAGAGUGAAAGUUGAAGAAGGGUGAAAAAAGGGACUGAUAAUGCAUUCUCAUUGACCACUUUCAAUCAGAAGAGGUAAUAUUCCGGGAAGGGUUAACUAGAAGUGUAAAUUAGAAUACUGAUCGUUGUUCAAUUGCCAACAGUCAUAAGGGCUUCCUGUAUGAAUAACUAGGCUGAAAAGAAAGUAGAUGAGGUCAAAUAGAUAUACCUAAGAUGGUGUACAUUGUAAACUGGCAAAAUUCUCUUCGAGUAAUGAAGCAAAGCAUAGUUUUCCUCUUA